AUGCCACGCUCACUGACGCUUGGGGCGCUCCCAGAAGAGGCCAAGAGACGCAUUGAGGACCCAAACAGCAAGUACAGCUUUGGAUGGAGCGAGGGUAAGGAGUCGGUGGAGGCAGGCAGAAGGGACGCGCUCAAGGCGUCCUUCUAUGCCAACCCGCUCACCGACACGCCCACCACCGAUCCUGAGCUUAUACGCAGGUUCCCCACCUACUGCCGCCCCAACGUGUGGCCCUCACAAGACCUUCCCGAGCUUGAACCAGCCUUCAAGGCGCUGGGCCGGUUGAUAGUGGACGUGGGCAAGCAGUUGCUGCAACAUUGUGAUGCCUACGUGCACAGCAGGAACCCUCACGUGCCCUCAGGCAAGCUGCUACGAGUGGUGGAGCAGUCCCCCUGCCACAAGGCCCGCCUGCUGCUCUACCUGUCACCGCAGCAGCCCCCACCCGCACCGUCAGCAGCACAGGGAGAGAGAGAGGGAGAGGGAGAGGGCGAAUUGCCUGCUGAGAGCAGCAGGGUAUCAAGGGAGGAGGCAGUGGCGUGUGCAGGCAAUGGGGGCAAUGGGGGUGUGUCUGCUUCUGAGAGUCUAACGGCUGUGGCAGAUGCGGACGUGUCGUCGUGGUGCCUGACGAGGGCGCAGUUCUGGAGGGGAGGGGAGGCGGUGGAGGGCAGCGACCUGGACCCCUCGUGUGGCCUCUACAUCCGAACCAGGGACGGGCAGAUUGUGCAGGCGCGUAUACCAGAGGGGUGCAUAGCGUUUCAAGUGGGUCACGCCAUGUCCAUCCAGUCGGGGGGGCUCCUAGCUGCCACGCCCCACUGUGUUGCGGCACCCAAAGGGUCGGCAUCAUCAAUAGGCGUUUCUCGCGCCACAUUAGCAGUGUUCAUGCAGGUACGUACUGUUCAUGCAGACGUUGCUGCUCCUGCCACCGCUCUCACCAUCUCAAAGCUCUCACCACCUCCAUUCCCGUUGUGCUUCCACUAUGUUGCCCAAUUCUCCUUCUCAUCCCUUCUCCCGUGUUGCAUCUCCACUCCCAUGCCACCAUCCCUCCCAUGCACCAUCGCUGCGCGAACCAAUCACAAUCGCCGUGCUGCCCUCGCCCGAUCAUCAGCCCUCAUGGUACGUGUUGCUAGCAUGCACUGUGCAGCAUAG